AUGUUACAACACUCGCAAACUCAAAAUCUUGAAAAGAUACUUAAUCAGACCCAAGCAGUGGCCAAUAAAUCAAAGGUUGAGUCACGGAGGCACAUGAUUCACAUUGGUUCUGGAGUCGAGGUUGGAGACCUACCACAUCACGUGCUAAUCUUCACUGUAUACAAUGCUGAAAAGGACAUAUACCGAGCUUUCUGUGCCGGCAGUAUAAUUGGGGAGAAAAAAGUACUAACUUCUGCGAAUUGCUUUCUUACCAAUAGGAAGGCCCAUCGACGAGAUUACAAUAAAAUAUGGGUAGUGGCCGGGAUAAUACAACUUUCGGUAAUAAAGAAUUCGAGAACCGAUGACAUACAACAAUGGCGGCAAAUUGUCAAAAUAUAUUCCCAGAGAUUUUACCGGUUCCCGGCUUACAAUCUUGGUGUGCUGAUUAUGAACGAGCCUUGGACAUUUAAUAGAUAUGUAAACAAAAUUCCUUAUGAAUCGGAAUACCACGAUUUUGAUGGAGUUUGUAUCGUUGCAGCAGUGAAGGUUACGAAGAGCUGGUCGAUUAAUAAAUAUGUAUUUAUCGAAGAGGUGGCGAUAGUCAAGAGAAAGGAAUGCGAAAAAAUCUUACAAAGAAGCUGCAGGCUUUACUUUUGCACUUCACUUAACAAUAGGAACAAAUUCGCUUACUCUUUCGAGGCAGAAGGUAGUGGUCUCAUAUGUUAUGAGACUGGCGAUCCCAAUGAAAGAGAUAAAAAUCAGGGAAUAUUAGUUGGAAUUACUUCGCAAAUAAACAUUGGUUUGCCCAAUCUUUACAUGCGGAUUGGUGAUUACAAUAAAUGGGUCACGGACCAAUGUUGCAAAUUAAUGCAUGACCAGUUAUUGAUGUUCUGUCUAGUUAAUAUUGGAAUACAUAUUUUAUGA